AUGGGCUGCUUUGCAGUGAAUGCCAAGGAACACACAACCCACAAGGAAGCCAAAAUGGUAGUAAUUUAUUUUGUAGACAAAAAGCUUCUCUCUCCCCACCCCCACCCCCACCCUUUUGCUGCACUCCACAUUACCACCACUCAUCUCUCUCUCUCUCUCUCUCUCAUCGCAUCUCAUCUCAUAUUUCUGUUUGCAGAAAUCUACUUCCACUGUUGCCUUAAUGUGAUGGAAACAGCGGCUUCCGCCACGACUAUGGAGGAUUGUUGUGUCAAAGUAGCAGUACACAUAAGGCCUCUAAUCGGAGAUGAAAAGCUUCAAGCGUGUAAGGAUUGUGUCGCUGUCGUCCCUGGGAAACCUCAGGUGCAACUUGGUACACAUUCUUUUACUUUUGAUCAUGUGUAUGGAAGCACUGGAACCCCAUCAUCUGCCAUGUUUGAAGAGUGUGUUUCUCCUCUUGUUGAUGGUUUAUUUCAAGGAUAUAAUGCUACUGUUUUAGCUUAUGGCCAGACUGGUUCAGGAAAGACAUACACCAUGGGUUCUGGAUGCAAAGAUGGUGCCCAAACAGGGCUUAUUCCUCAAGCUAUGAGUGCUUUAUUCAACAAGAUUGAAAGUUUAAAGCAUCAAAUAGAAUUCCAGUUGCAUGUCUCUUUCAUUGAGAUUCUAAAAGAAGAAGUAAGGGACUUGCUGGAUCCCAAUUCCAGUAAUAAAUCAGAGUCACCAAAUGGGCAAAAUGGGAAAGUAAAUAUUCCAGGGAAGCCACCAAUACAAAUUCGUGAAACUUCAAAUGGUGUCAUAACACUUGCAGGGUCAACUGAAUGUGGUGUUCAAACCCUAAAAGAAAUGGCUGAUUGUCUGGAACAUGGAUCUUUAAGCAGGGCAACAGGGAGUACAAACAUGAAUAACCAAUCAAGUCGUUCACAUGCCAUUUUCACAAUAACGGUUGAACAAAUACGAAAAGCCGAUUCAAAUUCAAAUGACUCCAUGGGUGAUGAAUAUUUAUGUGCAAAGUUGCAUUUAGUUGAUCUUGCUGGAUCAGAAAGAGCUAAAAGAACAGGUUCAGAUGGAAUGAGGUUCAAAGAAGGAGUUCAUAUCAACAAAGGUCUUCUUGCACUUGGAAAUGUCAUAAGUGCCCUUGGUGAUGAGAAGAAACGAAAAGAAGGUGCUCAUGUUCCCUACAGAGAUAGUAAACUCACUCGUCUCUUACAAGAUUCACUUGGUGGAAACAGUAGAACCGUUAUGAUUGCAUGUGUUAGUCCUGCUGAUAUAAAUGCUGAGGAAACUCUCAACACAUUGAAGUAUGCUAAUCGCGCUCGAAAUAUCCAGAAUAAGCCUGUGGUCAAUAGGGAUCCAAUGUCCAGUGAAAUGUUGAAGAUGCGCCAACAAUUAGAGUGUUUGCAGGCUGAACUUUGUGCUCGUGGUGGAGGUUCUUCGGUUGAAUUACAAGUACUAAGGGAAAGGAUUGCUUGGCUUGAAGCUACUAAUCAGGAUCUUUGUAGGGAGCUUCAUGUUUACAGAAGCCGAGGCAUUGCCAUUGAUCACUCUGAAAUGGAUACUAAAGGUGAUGAUUCCUUUUGUUUGGAAAAUGAAGGAAUUAAACGAAGCUUACAAAGUAGUGUCGAUUCAUCUGAUUAUCAGAUGAGUGAAAGUGGUGAUUCUACUGGUAUAGAUGAAGAAGCAGCAAAAGAAUGGGAGCACACUCUUCUACAAGACUCCAUGGACAAAGAACUACAUGAAUUGAAUAAACGCUUAGAACAAAAGGAGUCGGAGAUGAAACUUUUUGGUGGAUUUGAUACAAUGACCCUUAAGCAACAUUUUGGAAAAAAAAUAAUGGAACUCGAGGAUGAAAAAAGAGCAGUACAGAAAGAGAGAGACAGGUUGCAGACUGAAAUUGAAAAUCUUUCAGCUACUUCAGAUGGCCAAACACAAAAAUUGCAAGAUUUACAUUCCCACAAGUUAAAAUCACUCGAAUCACAGAUUCUGGAUCUGAAGAAGAAAAAAGAUAGUCAAGUUCAAAUCAUGAAGCAAAAACAAAAGAGUGAUGAGGCAGCAAAAAAGUUACAAGAUGAGAUACAAUUCAUCAAGGCACAAAAGGUUCAACUGCAACACAGAAUAAAGCAAGAAGCUGAGCAAUUCAGGCAGUGGAAAGCAUCUCGUGAAAAAGAAUUAUUGCAGCUUAAAAAAGAAGGGAGGAGGAAUGAAUAUGAAAGGCACAAACUGCAAGCUCUAAAUCAACGCCAGAAAAUGGUUCUACAAAGAAAGACAGAAGAGGCUGCAAUGGCGACCAAGAGGCUCAAAGAAUUGCUAGAGGCCCGCAAGUCAACACGUGACAACUCAGUGACUAGCAAUGGAAAUGGAACAAAUGUACAGAACAAUGAGAAGUCAUUGCAGCGGUGGCUUGAUCAUGAGUUGGAGGUGAUGGUGAAUGUUCAUGAAGUUCGACAUGAAUAUGAGAAACAAAGCCAAGUGCGUGCUGCACUUGCGGAAGAGCUUGCUGUUCUUAGACAAGUUGAAGAAUUUGCUGCAAAAGGAGUUAGUCCUCCAAAAGGAAAGAAUGCUUUCUCUAGGGCGUCAUCUUUAUCACCUGAAGCUAGAAUGUCAAGAAUAUCUUCACUAGAGAGCAUGUUAAGCAUUUCAUCAAAUUCACUUGUGUUCAUGGCUUCACAACUCUCUGAGGCAGAAGAAAGGGAACGUGCCUUUGCUAGCCGUGGACGUUGGAAUCAGCUGCGAUCAAUGGCCGAUGCUAAAAAUCUGCUUCAGUAUAUGUUCAAUUCUCUUGCAGAUGCUAGGUGCCAAUCAUGGGAAAAGGAUAUUGACAUGAAGGAAAUGGAAGAACAGUUGCAAGAGCUUGUGGGUCUUCUUAGACAAAGUGAAUUAAGAAGAAAAGAAGCCGAGAAGGAGCUAAAACUUAGGGAGCAGCAAACUGUCGCAACCGCAUUGCCUUCAUCUGCUUCUGGAAACGCCCACAAUUCUCUAAAACACUUGGCUGAUGACAUGAGCGGACCAUUAUCUCCAAACUCUGUACCCGUACCAAAACAGCUGAAAUACACAGCAGGCAUAGCUAAUGGUUCGGUCAGGGAGUCGGCCGCCUUCAUAGACCAGAAACGAAAGAUGGUGCCCAUUGGUCAGUUGUCUCUGAAGAAGCUGGCUCUGGUGGGCCACUCCUCCGGGAAACUAUGGAGGUGGAAGAGGAGCCACCAUCAAUGGCUACUCCAAUUCAAAUGGAAAUGGCAAAAACCAUGGAGACUAUCCGAGCUUAUAAAACACAGCGAUGAAACAAUCAUGAGAACAAAAUCUCGCUCACAUGCAAUAUCAGACGUCAUUUAUCAUCAUAGACAUUAACAAAUUUAUAUUAUAUUAUAUUGGUAUUGUAUAUUCAUUCAUCUCCAAUAACAUGGAAAUAAGUGGAGGGAAACGAACAAGGCUGGUGGGUGUUGUGUUGGAGAUCGGUGGUUGUAGAUGAUGGAUAGGUAAAGUUUACAUAAAGUUGGGAUGUGUGUGUUAGGAUAUGAUGAAGAUGAAAUUAGUGUGUGGAUGGAUGGGUUUUUU